AUGGCCUCUCUGUUUCCUGCCCUUGUGGUCUCCUUGGUGGGACUAGUUGCUCAAGCUGCGGCUCAGUCUGGCCCACGACCCGACCCAUUCGCCGACCCUAAGAACGAUCCUUACAAUCCGCUCAAGUAUAUUCCGUCAAAUGAAUUGACGGCGGUUGGUUUCUCCUUUAUUCUCAUCAUCGCCAUACUUCAAACAUGGUGCAUCAAGCGGUGGGGUGGUAAAUGGAUGUGCGCCAUGCCAAUCGCUGCAUAUUGCUUCGCUCUUGGAAUUUCUUUUCGGUUCGGUCUCGCCAAAAACCCUCAGAACAAGACGAUCUACAUCCUGCAGUCUCUCUUCGUCCUCCUUUCUCCUUGUGGAUUCAUCGCAGCAGACUACGUCCUCCUCGGUCGCAUCGCAGGACACCUGAACGCUGGCCAGUAUCUCCUCAUCCCAGCCCGUCGCAUCACAGUGGUGUUCGUGCUUUCCGACGUCAUCACCUUCCUCAUCCAGGCUGGUGGAGGGGGCAUUUCAGCCAGUGCAGACACCGCCUCGAAGAAGGAUCUGGGCAGCAAGGUUUUCCUCGUAGGCCUCGCUGCCCAGCUAUGCUCCUUCCUCGCGUAUACGGGGAUAUUCCUUCUCUUCUUGUAUCGUGUUUGGAAGCACCAGCCAAAGACAUGGAAGAAGGACGAAAACAAGGACUGGGCAAAUAGAUGGACGACCCUCGCCAUAGCUUUGGGCAUCAGCUGUGUCGGGAUUUUGGUGCGUUCUGUAUUCAGAACCGUCGAAAUGUCCGAAGGCUUCGGUGGUCCACUCACUACCACCGAAUACUGGUUUUACGCAUUGGACCUGCUACCGCUCUUCAUCGCGAUUGCAGUCUACGUGCCGUUCUGGCCUGGGAGGUUCAUUCCAGGCGACCAGCCCAGCUUCGAUUCGAUUCCGUUGUCCGAUAGAGAGGCAUAA